AUGGAGUCGAGAACAGGGAGUGUAUCAUCUGGUUUAGGAAGCAGUCCUGGAGUUAGAGGGCAAACACUGAAAAGUAAUCCUUUCUGCCAUCGCUCCUCCAGCAAGUUAACACAGUCCAUCAUCAAAGACCACAUGGUGUCUCAUUACAAAAAGGUUUACUCAGCCAAAGCUGCAAUUGAUAACUCUGUGCCCAAGAGCUUGUUGUCAAACCAUGACCAGGUCAGACAAGAGCGGCUGAGGAAAGGGGCUCGUCCUCUGUCAGCCCAAUCUUUCUUACAAAGGAGUAGCAAAACACCUUGCUCCCCAACCCAGAGUCAGUUAUCGGUGCAGUAUGAUGGGAGCCCCUACCUCUGCUCAGGAAGCUCCAUCUCCUCCGGCCCAAGGUUCACCACCUCCUUUAACGCCAAGGACAUAGUUUAUCCCUCAUGUAAAGUCAGUACCCAUCACACUCGCCCAGCAUCAGAGAUAAAGUACCGGAGCCCAGGACCGGCUUUGCAAAGAAAACAGUCAGCAGGUUCUUUGGCAGCUUUGGGGGAUCAGGGUUGUUACAAGACCUUCCAGGACCCUGUCCAGAAGACGUACGGCGGAGAUUUGAUCCAUAAACAUGCACAGCACUUUACCCAAGACAAACCAUUUACUCCCAAGACACUGAAAUCAGAUAAGAGUUCCUACCUGUCAAAAUAUCGCUACUACAGGGCUCCACCUAGGAAACCUACUCAGGAUUUCAGCCACUCAAGGAUGAUGCGACAGGAAACAUAUCAUGGAAGCCCUAAAAAUGAGGAAUAUACACAGGAACUCAAUGACCAAUCUCAGGAAUAUUCCACAGAGCAUGAGUGGUCUGAGGAUGAGGUCAAUGGCACAUAUUUGUCAGCAUUGAAACAUCAGAGUCGAACAAAUAAGAAAAGACAGCAUUAUUCUGUUUCCUCGUCCAGAGAGGAAGAGUUAAUGUACCUUGAAUUCAUUUCUGCUGUAACAGAAGAUAUCUUGUCCAGGGGGCACAUCUCUGACAGGGUCCUAAACCGGGUGAUGAAACGUCACAUUGAUAUGAAUCUGCAUCAGCUCGAUGAGGCUAAAAUGCGCCACCUUCUGGAAGUGCUACGUAAAGACUUUGAAGAACCAGUCAGUGUCUCCAGCUCUAAUAAUAGGCCUGAAAAAAAAGAAAAGUAUCUUCUUGACACAGUGUUUUCAGAAAUGGAAUCUGGAGGGAUGCAAGGGAAGGCCAAACAUGACAUUGACCCGUUCGAUUACACGUCACUCAUUAAACACAACGGUUUGCCUGAAUUAGCCGACCCUAUCCUCGUAUCGACACCCUUAUGUUCUCCUGAAAGAACCUCAGUCAACACAAAUGAGGAGGACAGGGAGAGUAAUUGUGAAGCCAAAGGCAAUGACUCGCCUUUGAUGGUUGGCAAUGUUACUGAUAACGAAGGCAAUAGUCAGGAGAAUUUUUAUCCGGUAGACUCAACCACAACUAAUAACCACACUGAAAACAAUGAUCACAGUACUGUAAACACUGCUCUAACCUCAGCUAGUACCCCUUUUGAUGGCGAGUUAAACGAGGUUGAAGAUCUUGGAAAAAGUUUGUCAGUGUCCUUGCACUUGUCCAGCAAUACACACUCUGAAAAUGUAGACACUUCUACUCCAGUUGCUUCUGUUAGUGAUGAUGAUUUCUAGGUGUCUUUAAAUCUGGGUUUUGAGUGUUCUUUUCUGUUUUUAUUCUCAGAUCCGUGUUUAUGCAGAGUAGAGUUUCUAAAGAAUGUCACAGCGCUGAUGUUUUAUGUUUUGCAAAACACCAUGAAGAAAUGUUUUAGUUCUGUUGUGCUUUUUUGAUAGUUACGUUCACAAAUUCUCCAUGAAAAUAUCAGUUGUUUCUUUUGGGUGAUUAGGUACAGAUGUAGUCUAACUGCCAUUAUUCUUGGUUCUGCUUUAACUUAUUACAACUUAAAUGGUUCUAUGAAUAUAGUCUUCUUUGCAAAGUUUAAAUGUUUCAGGUAUAGGCAUGCUGCCGUUUGAGCAACUUGGCUGCUCAUGCCAUAGCUGUACUUUAAACGUUUUCAGAUUUUUAGAAAAACAUUUCUAGAAAAUAUUAUAUUGAAUGUGUUUGACUUAACAUAAACCUCUGACAUGUAGCAACUAAUAGACUGUAAAAAAAAACUUUUUAUUGAAAUAAAUGCU